AUGGCGCUAUUUCAAGACAUUGGUUUGCUUGAUGCUGCCAAGGAGUCCCGAGAACUAAUGGAAGAAGAAUUUAGAAAAGACAAUGAAUUACGAUCGGAGAUGUUCAUUAUUCUUAAGCAGGAGGAGGUAUACUGGAAGCAAAGGGCCAGAGUCACUUGGCUCAAAGAAGGCGAUGAGAAUAUAAGCUAUUUGCACUUUGUGGCCAAUGGUCGUAAGAAUCAAAAUUUCAUUCCUUGGGUCUGGCAUGAGGAUCAAAGAGUUGAUGAUAUUGGAAGGAUGGGUGACUCCUUCAUCUCCUACUAUAAAGACCUCUUUGGCUCAGCCAAGGAACAACACUUCCAAAUCAAUUGGCCUAACCUUCUAGGCCCUAAAGCCCAUAAUGACUUGACAAUGCUAGAUGCCCCGUUCACUCUUGACAAAAUUAAGGUGGCAGUUUUUGGGAUGAAAGCGGAGAAAGACCCAAGACCAGAUGCUUUCAUUAAGGGCCGAUGCAUUAUUGAUAAUAUUAUAACUGCUCAAGAGCUUAUUUUCUUUAUGCAAAAGCAUCGCCUUCCAGGAUUGCUCCUGAAAGUGGAUUUCGCAAAAGCUUUUGACACUGUUGAUUGGAAAUUCCUCCUUGAUCUGCUUAGGGCUCGGGGUUUUAGCUCAAAGUGGACUGGGUGGAUUGAUUCCAUUUUCUCGAGCUCUAAAGCAUCCUUUCUUAUCAAUGGUAUCCAAUAUGGUGGUUAUGACUCAUUUGAUACACAAUCAAAGUUUGAGUUAGAUUUGUACAUGGAAGAGAAGGACUUGCCUUCGAGUGGUACCUUUGAUAUUCUUGGAUUGUGGAAAACAAAUGGGUUCAAGUAUCUAAUAUUGCAGAAAAUUGCUAAGGAUAUAUUGGUUAUCCCAAUUUCAAUUGUUGCUUCAUAA